ACGCGGGGGAGUCCUGGUGGGGAGGGGGGCGUGUCUAUAGGCCGUUGUUGUUUUGCUUGUCUUCUUCUCUCCCACGUUCUGCGAUCAUCAUUAAGCUGAACUACUACUUUCGCUUUGAAAACUUUCCUCAUCUCUAGCUGCCUUAAUUAGUUCCAAUGGCGGCAGUGACAGAGAUGCUAUUUCCUUACAGAAUAAUGGCCGAAGAAAAUUCUACUUCGGAUUCUACUUCUCCGGAAGCUGAGUUGAAUCCAACAGAUGCAGUAAUAUUUGUAGGAGUCAGUCUGGCUCUGGGAAUUGCUUGUAGGCAUAUUUUGCGUGGUACCAGAGUCCCUUAUACUGUUGCUCUGCUCAUCAUUGGCAUUGGCCUUGGAUCAUUAGAAUAUAGUACUCAUCAUCAACUGGGAAAGAUUGGCAAUGGAAUUCGUAUUUGGUCAACCAUUGAUCCAGAUCUUCUGUUAGCUGUUUUCCUUCCUGCCCUCCUUUUUGAGAGCUCAUUCUCAAUGGAAGUUCACCAAAUUAAGAGGUGUAUUGUACAAAUGAUAUUACUAGCUGGUCCAGGUGUUGUUGUAUCAACCUUCUGCCUUGGAUCUGUUUUGAAGUUGACUUUUCCAUAUGGCUGGAGUUGGAAAACAUCACUAUUGCUUGGGGGACUUCUAAGUGCGACUGAUCCUGUAGCAGUUGUGGCUUUGUUGAAAGAGCUUGGUGCCAGCAAGAAAUUGAGUACAAUAAUUGAAGGGGAAUCCUUGAUGAACGACGGAACGGCAAUUGUGGUCUAUACUCUAUUUUUUCGGAUGGUCCUUGGAGAGAGCUUCAACUGGGAGUCGAUAAUCAAAUUUCUAGCACAAGUUUCUCUUGGAGCUGUAGGAAUGGGUCUUGCCUUUGGGAUAGCAUCUGUUUUGUGGCUUGGAUUUAUUUUUAAUGAUACAGUGAUAGAGAUCACUCUAACACUGACUGUUAGCUAUGUUGCUUUCUACACUGCUCAAGAAGGUGCUGAUCUUUCUGGCGUUUUGACAGUGAUGACACUGGGGAUGUUUUACUCUGCCUUUGCGAGGACAGCUUUUAAGGGUGAUGGACAACAAAGCUUGCAUCACUUUUGGGAAAUGGUUGCUUAUAUUGCUAAUACAUUAAUUUUCAUAUUGAGUGGAGUUCUUAUAGCUGAAGGCAUCCUUAAUGGUUACAAUGUUUUUGCUGAUGGUACUUUUCACUUAUUGAACUCUAUUUGGAU